UUGUUAUUUUAUUCAUAAAUUUGGUUUUAAGAAACUGAGUUGUCGUAAUGCUAAUUGGCUCUUACUACUUUACGGUUCAAUUUGGUUACCAGGAUAAACAAUCAAUACCAAAAUGUUCAUUUAAAGUGACUGAAAUAACCUUGUUUUGUACUAAUUUGAUGCUCAAAUGUGUUGUUUGUAUUAGAUCUACAACAUAACAAAAAAUUGCCAAAAAUGGAUAUUCAUGGAUACUAUGGUUCCAUGUCUGUCUAUAAUCCAGAGGAGCGGACAAGAAUCAUUGACAGAACAAAAGCAGACAACCCCUACUCGAGCUCUGACCGCCGGGCCUACACUUGGGCGGAACCAUCAAAGAAGAGUCCACUCUACAGUGCCACAUUGCAGAACAUUUGCCGUCGAACUCAGAGCAACUUGGACCGACUUCUACCUACUGUCACAGUGAAUGAUGCUUGUCAUGAGUAUGGCAUUAAACACUGGCAUCCUGAAAGGAGAGCGGCUGCAGGCUCCAGGCCUCAAUCAGCUCAUGCAUUAAGUUCUCAUCCAGAGAGAGCAGUCAGGAAACAGCGGCCAUCUUGGCAAAAUCAUGACAUCAUGUUUACUAGUCGUGACACCUUGAACAGAGACGAAGGAAGUGUGACAUCUUCUACUGUGAGUUCAAGCACUCCGAUAAACUUUUGUUAUCUUUGCUCGACACUUGAAGAGCAUGAAGCUCAUAUGAAGAAGGAUCAAAUAAAGUGGGCUGAGAGCAAGGAAAAGCGUAGAGAAAGAAUCGUGAAGGCACAGACAAUGAGAUCGACUCGCCUCGGUUAUCAAGCGCCACCUGUUAUCCCAAUGAAGAAACAAGUGGAAGAAGCUAAAGAGCCAGAUGAGGUGUUGUUCAAGAUCACAGUCAAGACGGCUUAUAAGGAUAAUGCUGGAACAAAUGCACCUGUAUUUGUGACACUAUUUGGCAAAAUGAAUGAAGCAACACGUGAGCUGAAGAAAGGCAAAAAAGUCCAAAGUCAUGUCUUUGUCAAGGGAGCCAUAGACACAUUCUAUAUCAAGACUCCAGUUCUUGGCGAUUCUUUGAAAAUGGAUAUUUGGACACAAAGCGAUGGUAAUGAAAGACUUUUCUUGACAAUCCGUGAAAUCCUUGUGACAGACGUCAAAGCUAAGACAACAUGGUAUGGUGACUACCGAUCUCAUCCAGAGCCAGUCACCAUAGCAGAUAAUUUAGAGAAAAAACUUCGCGGCCCGACCAAAAUGAAACUGGUUGAGCUGGAGCUAGAAGAAGCAGAGUAUGAAAUAACUGUGAUAACGGGCAAGAAACGAGGUGCAGCAACUGAUGCCAAAGUCUCGAUUACACUGUAUGGCAAGAAGGGUGUUAGUGAAAAGCUGGAAUUGAGGGAUAAAACAAAGGAUUUAUUUGAGAAGGGAUCUACAGACCUGUUUCUAGUCACUCUCCCUGAAAGUCUGGGGCCCCUAAGCAAAGUCAGGAUUGAGCAUGAUAAUUCAGGAAUGAAUUCAAAUUGGUUUCUUGAUAAAGUCAUUGUGAAGAGUUUAGCCACUGACAAGUCCUAUGUCUUCGACUGCAAUGAUUGGCUGGCUACUGAUGAAGGCGAUGGAAAUCUCUACAGGUUCCUGAAAGUUAGGACAGGAAAGAUUGAUACUGGAAAGAAAAAUGUCAUGACAAAUUUCACCAUCAAUGUCACAACUGGAACCAAGAAGAAUGCAGGAACCGAUGCCAAGGUUUUUGUACAGAUUCUGGGAGACGAAGUCAGCACGGGGGAACUCUUCCUGGAAGCGUCCAAGGAACACUUUGAGAAGGGAAAAACGGAUACUUUCAGGCCGGGAAAUAUGAACAAAUUUGUGAUGCCCGCGAAAGACACUGGUAUGAUGAAGAAGCUACGUAUCUGGCAUGAUAAUGCUGGUCUUGCUGCUGGCUGGUAUCUUGAAAAGGUUGUUUUAGAGAGACGCAUACAGCGCCCAGAAAUGCAUGAGAUGCUUGUCCAGCAAGAAAAAGAAGGUCGACUACCACAUGGCAUAACACUCAAAAAUCUUGCCUUCACCCUUGAUAAAUACUUUGGGAAGAAAGAACCUGGUAUUGAGAAGAAGACAAAGAAGAAGAAGAGGAAGGAGACCUCAGAAUCUGAAGACUUGGAUGAUUACUUCGGAUUAGGCCGCAGUAAGAAGAAGAAAGAACUGGCAAAGAAAAAGCCUGAUAUGAAGAAGAAAGGAAAAGGGAAGAAAAAAGAGGACUCGAGUGACUCAGAUUCUGACGCGGAUGUAGGCAUGUUUGGUUUUAGGAAGAAAAUUGCCAAAAAAGCUCAAGUUGUAACUCCUGGGAGAUCGAGUAAUUCUGAUGAAGACAGUGAGAGUGAGGAGGACAUUGGCCGCAGUAGAAAAAUUCCAAUACCUUAUAUUGAGGAAUGUGAAUUCCUUUGCCAACGGUGGUUAGAUAAGAAAGAAGAUGAUAAGAAGACUGAACGUAUCUUAUCAGUCACCCAUAGGAAUUUGAAAACUAGGAUGAUGAACGUGAAAAUAGGGAAAUAGAACCAUUAAAGGGACAACCUGAUUGUGGGAUUUAGGUGGUUGGAGGGUAAUACCCCUGAUCACCUCCAUGCCCCUCAACAUCUAUGCUCAUCUCUAAAAAAUGAUUUUCGCUUGUGUUUGCAUAGACAUGGCUUGCGAGUUCCAGAUAGGCCUAUGGUACAUUUGGUUUGAUUGUACUGGCUAUUAUUUAUCCAUGUGCUCUUGACUUUGAUGCGGGUACUAUCAAGAAACUUCUCAAAAGGCAGUUCAAGUAAAAGCAAAGUCCAGAUACACAAAUCCAAGGCACUAUUAACAAAAGCUGUCCUCCCCAUUCUGACUUACACACUAUAAUCCUGUUAACACAAUAUUGGCACAAGACAGAAAAUGGUUUUUCUAUAGAUUCAUGUACUUGAUUGGGAACAACGUUUACAUAGUGUUGGCCAUCACCACGUCACGAUGCAUUGCAGCUCUGACGGUUUUACAUUACUGUAAUGUGACGUGACCCAACGUCUUCAUGAACGUUGUUCCCAAUCAAGUACAUGGAUCUAUAUAGUUUUGUGUCAGGUUUUAAAACAUCUUUUCACACUACCCAUCAUUGUCCAUCCAUUGCAUGUGCUUUUAACAUUGUCCCUUUUACAAUGUAGUGCCAAAAUUGAUUUCUAAAUCUUAACAAAACCUUCAUACUAGGCAUUACUAUUUAUGUUGUUUUUCUGUCCUGUGUAUUGGAAGAAGAAAAUGAUGAUGUAUAAAAGUUUAUUUAUAUUUAUUUUUUGAGGUCUAUGAAUAUAUUUUCAUGUAGGCAGCAUAAUCUAAAGCCUAAAGGGACAGCUUGGCCUUGGACGUGGAGCUGAAGUAAUGUUUCCUUUGAUAAAUUGAUGUUGACUUCUCUUGGCUGUGAUGAUGCUCGUAUGCACAAUUAAAUAACCUGAGAAGGUACCGGUGAAUGCUUGCCAAA